CCUGCUUGAUAUGAUCCAUUUCAUAUUUUGCAUUAGGUUGAUAGGAUCAGCAUUCGCUGCGAUUUCUAACGAUGUCUCACACAGGUGAAGAUGAUGGCCCUACAGAAGACAUGGAUAUUGAAUUCUCGCAGCUUGUCCAUCCCCUGAGUACAAAGGCAUUUCUUGCAGAUGUAUGGGGUAGGAAGAUUCACUGUGGCAAAUUACACGAGGAUGUGCUCGACAAUAUCACGGAGUAUUUUCAUGGAGGUGAAUUCGCCAGCAUCGUCAGCGAAUCCCGUAAAGAUGACAACACCAAAUAUUCUUCUGAGGAGGUUAGUGAAAUGCAGAGUUGCUUAGAUAGCAAUCAGACUGUGAACUUACCUUUCUGCUUCACACCAGGGGCAAGAGGUAUCAGAAACGCCUUCAUGAGGGAAUGUGUUGGGUAUGCAUCGGGGGAUGUGGAGGUGGGCGUUUAUUUCUCAGUGGUUGGAGGAAUCCCAGCUCCUUGGCAUUUAGACAACAACCAUAAUAUUACGAUACAAAUCACGGGCAAGAAGGAUUGGCUGUUGAUACCAGGUGAGAAGCACGAGAAUUUGACCUCAUCUCGGGAGAUUCACGACGUACCCACGAACAUGAAAGAACUCUUGGUGACUAUCCCGGGUACAUCUCCCACACAUUACGAGUGUUUCACUCUAGAACCUGGAUCGAUACUCUAUUUACCUCCUGGUCAUUGGCAUUCAGUCGUGCCUGUUGCAUCCGAGAGCUUCUCGGUUGACCUACGCGUGGCUAAUGUAUCCCAAGCCAAAUGGAUUGCCGAAGCUAUAUUCUCACUGCUCAGUAACAACCCUAGCGAAGGAGUUACGGAACUUCAGAAGCAUUUCGCCUCAGUGGGACCAUCUGAGUUAUCUGCGGGGGGUUCAACUUCUCACACUCAGUACAUUUUAGAAUUGCUGAAGACUAGCUGCCUUGACAGAGUUGUGAACGAGUGUCGGCUGCCACGUGGCUACCAGUCUGAAUCCCAGCAUUCGGAUGGACUCAGUUUGGGUGCAUCCUUGGGGUUUCUGCUUGACUCUGAACCAUAUAUAGAUCAUUUCGAAAGUGAUUCCCAAGGUAGCGCCGUUAAACCCACUGAGUUCCGAAUGAACCCUCUCGUGAGUAUGAUUUGCAAACGACACGGGGGCGUCUCCUUCUCCUUCUCGCUAUUGUCUGUCUCAAGCCUGACCAAAGCUGAUUACCUCAACUUUACCAUACACGUGGACGAAGGCUUAAGCGAUACAAAUUUCGCGUUCAUGCGUAAACUCUCGCAAGCGCCAGAGUGGAUGCAAACUUUAGACCUCAAGUAUGAGGAUGACUCAAAAACCCGCAAGAGGAAAAGACACGAAUCGACGACGGACGAAGACUACCAAGAACAGAUAAUGAAUGAUUUGCUAAACAUUCUGCUAUGGGGAAACGUUAUAUUUGGACGAUAGAUUGAUUGUUAUCGAUGGAACAUGAAAGCUCAAUGUACUUUCAAUAUACACGUGGUCCUUUUGUGACCUAUAAUCGUCCGGCCGUUGCACAGGCGUCGUCAAUGUACGUCUAUACGAGGGCGUGUACAUGCGUUGAGUAUAUCAUUGGAUUGUGCUGCCAUAGUUGUAUGUAGCCAUUUGAUCUAGCCACAAAUCGAAGUUAGGUUUUCGAACCAUUAAAAGUCGAAUAACAACCCG